GAUGAUCUAGGCACCUGACGUUGUUCCACCUUUUGCUAAGACUUACGAGUUAUAAAUAAUCUGCAAACUAUUAACGGAAGGCGGUGGCAGAAUCUCGGCCGCUUGUGAGAAAAAAAUCCCUGACUAGGUAAUUGAAGCAUUUUAUCAAGGUUGAAAUCUCUCUCAAAUACAGCUGCAAUCAUUUUAUUUUACUUUUCUCUUUUCUCCAUCACCAUCUUACAUUCUCCCUUCCUCUCUCUUCUUACUGUCUUUUGUGCUAUCUUCAAGCAAAAUCACAAUCAUGGCUGACGAUCCAAUGAAGGGAUUGGAGCAUUCUGAGGCUCAUUACUUCAACAGGUAAAUACUAUCUACCCUUUUUCUACUUCUCGAUAAGGAUGAUUUAUAUUAAUCUGCAAAAUAGUUACAAUCAUCAUGGUAUGCAAGACGAUUCUACAAUAUACCAAUGCAAAUGCAAAUGCUAAUCAAUAUAUAAAGGUAUCCAUGAAGAGAUGUUGGUAUGUAAUUCUACAAGCAGGCAAAAAAAACUGCUUCCUCUCAAACUUUCUUUACCCCGCCUGCUGACAAUCAAAUUAGAAAGAUGAAGUUCGUACUCGAUCAUAUAUGAAUGCUAUUGUGCAAAACAAGCAUCUUUUCAAGGACAAGAUCGUACUCGACGUAGGAUGCGGUACCUCCAUUCUCAGCAUGUAUGUAUUCUCUCUCGAGCAUCUCGAACCACCUGAAGCUGAUGCCAUUAAAGGUUCGCUGUCAAGGCCGGUGCCAAACACGUUAUCGGUGUCGACAUGUCCACAAUUAUCGAGAAGGCUCGUGAGAUUGUCGCAGUCAACGGCAUGUCCGAUAAGAUUACAUUACUCCAGGGAAAGAUGGAGGAGGUUGAACUCCCAUUCCCAAAAGUCGACAUCAUCAUCUCGGAGUGGAUGGGUUAUUUCUUACUCUAUGAAUCCAUGUUGGAUACCGUUCUCUAUGCUAGAGACAAGUAUCUUGCGCCAAACGGUCUGAUUUUCCCAGAUAAGGCUACUAUCUUCAUGGCUGGUAUUGAGGAUGGCGAAUACAAGGAUGAGAAGAUUGGGUGUAAGUUUUUUUCUGGGAUCCCCACAUGGUGAAUAAAUUCUCUAGAUUUCGCGUACUAACCUGUGAAAGUCUGGGAUAAUGUUUACGGAUUCGAUUACUCUCCUCUCAAAGCUACCGCUCUUACCGAACCCCUCGUUGAUACAGUCGAGAUCAAGGCCGUUGUUACCGACCCCACCCCAGUCCUUACCCUCGAUCUUUACACAUGCACUAAGGAGGAUCUCGCUUUCUCCACUCCCUUUAAACUCGAUGUCCGUCGCAAUGAUUUCGUCCAUGCUCUUAUCGCAUGGUUCGAUAUCGAUUUCACGGCCUGUCACAAACCUAUUAGAUUCAGUACUGGUCCUCAUACUAAAUAUACUCACUGGAAACAAACCGUGUUUUAUUUGAGAGAAGUUUUGACGGUUGAGCAAGGAGAGCAAAUCGUCGGUCGAUUGGACAACAAGCCAAACGAGAAGAACCCAAGAGAUUUGGAUGUUAAGAUUCAGUAUAAGUUGGAGACUACAGAUCCAUUAAGACAGGCCGAAGGUGGUGCUGAGUAUAAGAUGUGCUAGUGAGCUCUUCAAACUAUCGGAGUGAGGAAGGAGAGAAGAGACUUUCGCGGCUGAGAGCGCGGUUUCUUUGAAGGAAUUUGACUCUUAUCUAUCAAUCAAAAGAUGAUUUGAUAUGUCUAUGAAUGAACUGAAUUGGGAAAUUCCCUUUGGCGUCAAAGAUGGGCCCAUUCAAUACAAAUAAAUGGAUGGGUGGGUGGGAAUAACGAGAUCCUAGAUUUAGGCAAAGAUCUCGUGAAGUAUAGAUUGCAUUGUAGCGCAAAAUAGCAAGCUAGCUAUCUAGUUGAUGAUAUCCACAUGCAAUUAAAUACAAUAAAGACAAGGAUUUUUUGUAACGGUGUGA